CCGCUCGGCGCACGCCGCGCCGCAACGCGCCUCGCGCAAAAUUCCAAAUAUGGAAUUCGAAAUUCAAAAGUGACAGCUCGCUCUUUUCUGCCCCAAAAACGAUACGCGCGUGACGUAUUCCUUUUUUAAAGUGGAAGAUGCCAGUUAUUGUGUGGAUCGAUUUUUUUUUCUGAAUUUUUAAUGUGGCAGUGCGGCAGUGGCGUUUUGAGCCAAUGUGAAACACGGCCUUUUGAUACAGAUUUUUCAUGAAACCCUGGGCAAGGGGUGAUCUACGGCGUCGGCAGCGCCUAAUCAUUCACGAUUAGCCCCUCCACCACUCGCAAUGAGCCCGUACGUAAAGCUGAGCAGACUCGAGAGCGACUACAUUGCGGUGAUGUGGAGACGAGGUCAGAGUCGGGCACCAUAGCAGUGUAUUCUAUGUACUGCCGGACUGAGGAGUGAGCAAAAAUGAAUCUCCUCAACAUGGACGCGGAGAACCGCGUGGUUCUCAACGUGGGCGGGAUCCGUCAUGAGACUUACAAGGCAACGCUCAAGAAGAUUCCCGCGACACGGCUCUCGCGGCUGACGGAAGCACUCGCCAACUACGACCCCGUGCUCAACGAGUACUUCUUCGACCGCCACCCCGGCGUCUUCGCACAGGUCCUCAACUAUUACAGGACCGGCAAACUCCACUACCCCACAGACGUGUGUGGGCCGCUCUUCGAAGAGGAGCUGGAGUUCUGGGGGCUGGACGCUAACCAGGUGGAGCCCUGCUGCUGGAUGACGUAUACGCAGCAUCGAGACACCCAAGAAACGCUGGCAGUCCUAGACCGGCUGGAUCUGGACACGGAGAAGCCUUCUGAUGAGGAGGUGGCUCGCAAGUUCGGCUUCGAAGAAGACUAUUAUAAUGGCACCGUCUCCUGGUGGCAGCAGCUCAAGCCGCAGAUGUGGUCGCUUUUCGAUGAACCCUACAGCUCCAAUGCUGCUAAGAUAAUCGGCGUGAUAUCAGUGUUUUUCAUCUGCGUGUCGAUCAUAUCGUUCUGUCUCAAAACCCACCCGGACAUGCGAGUGCCAGUGAUAAGAAACUAUACGGUGACGACCGCAAACCAAACGCAAUCGUGGGCGUUGGACAAAGUGCAAACAAACGCCCAUGUCGCGUUCUUCUACAUCGAAUGUGUGUGCAACGCGUGGUUCACUCUAGAGAUCCUCGUUCGCUUCAUCUCAUCCCCAAACAAGUGUGAAUUCGUGAAAUCAUCCGUCAACAUCAUCGACUACAUCGCUACGAUGAGUUUCUACAUCGACCUCAUUCUCCAAAAGUACGCUUCCCACGUGGAGAACGCCGACAUUCUGGAGUUCUUCUCCAUUAUUAGAAUCAUGAGGCUCUUCAAGCUCACCAGACAUUCGUCCGGCUUGAAAAUCUUGAUUCAGACAUUCAGAGCGUCGGCUAAGGAACUGACUUUAUUAGUAUUCUUUUUAGUGCUCGGUAUUGUAAUUUUCGCGAGUUUGGUGUAUUACGCUGAGAGGAUCCAGACUAAUCCUCACAACGACUUCAAUAGUAUACCACUUGGGCUCUGGUGGGCCCUGGUUACUAUGACAACCGUCGGCUACGGUGACAUGGCGCCGAAGACCUACGUUGGGAUGUUCGUUGGAGCGCUGUGUGCUUUGGCCGGUGUGCUGACGAUAGCCCUGCCAGUGCCAGUCAUCGUAUCCAACUUCGCGAUGUACUACUCGCACACCCAGGCUCGCGCCAAACUUCCCAAGAAGAGGCGAAGAGUUAUCAACGUCGAGCCAACCAGGCCACCUAUCCAACACUUUGUCGCAGGUGCGCCUGGGCCUGGGGGCCCCGUGGGCCCUAUGGCCCCGGGGAUGGGCCCUCAAGCUGUAAAUCGGCGGAUGAAUGCCAUCAAAACCAACCACCCCAAGGACAUGAUGGGGCCUAACAUGGUCGCAAGCCUGAUGCCCGGAAUGGACCUAUCUGUCACGACUCGCCUCACUCCAAGUCCUCGCGACAUGAGCCCCGCUUUGGCCAUAGCGAUACCUAUGAUGAAGUCAGUCAAUAUUGUCCCUUCACAAUGCUUCGACAAUAUGGCGUUCCAUGGUGAGAAACCUGAAAAUCGAAGUGAUGAAAGCGAGAAGAGUGACAGUAAAACUACUAGUCGCCAGGAAUCAGUCGAAAGCGACAAUACUGUAAGAGCGAAUAACUACAAAAAUGAAUAUAUGGACAAGGUUGAGGAAAAAACUGAUGCAAGAACACCGUUGCUGAGAGAUCAUAAGAUUGAAUCUCUUGAUGAGAGUAAGCUUAGGGAGAAUAAAACUGAAAAAAGGAAGUCUUCGGCUUCAACAUAACAAAUAUAUCACUACCGAUGUAGGCUAUUGACCAAUAGUACUAAGAGAGUGGCUUUGCUAAUGUCAAUAAACUUUGCCGUUAGACCUGUUUACCUAUAUCAGGUUAGGUUAGCGGACACCGGAAAAAAUGAUUUUUCAGAAUUUUUAAUUUACUUUUUAAUAAAAAAAAGUCUCGUUAUUCAUUAGCAAAGUCUAAAAAUGGGUCCUGGAUCAUGCGUAGUUUGUUAAUGCAAACAUAAAAUGAUAAGAUUGCCUUUAAUAUAAACCAGCGUUAUCUUUCUUUUAAUAUGAUGUGACAAAAUUAAAAACUAAUUUAAGGGUUUGUAAUUGUUUGGCCUAAAGUGUUCGAGCUAAAUUUUUGUAUGGAAGUGGAAUGAAGAAUGAAUUGUUUUGUCACAUGCUAUUAAAACAGCGAAAGUAUUUAUAAAAUAUUGUCUUAAAAUCAAGCAUUGAAGGCCGUGAUUAGACUAAGCUAGAUAAGAAUAUAUUAGCACAAUACCAAUGUUUUAUAUUAUAACACAUAAUGUACGUACAAAUAGCUGCCUGUCACAAAUAUAAUGUAAUUGUAGCUUUUUAUUUAGUGUUUUAUAAAAUAGACGCUUAUUUGAAAGAAAAAGAGAUUAAUUAAAACAAGUACACAUUUAUUUUAGCGUUCGUAUCGCAGUUAUGGCAAUUUAUAAAUUAUAAUUUGAUCACUAUUGUAAUUGUAACAGAAUAACAAACAAUGCACACAUAAACUGACGUCCAUUUACGACAUAAGCAAAGACUAUGGAAUUCCAUUUGCUCCGAUCCUGACACACCUCUUUUGUUUCAUGCCACAUUCAUCAAAUUGUUUCAUACCCGCAUUACCGGCGCCCUUUGGGAAUCGGGCUCGAUAUUUUAAGGACAUCUCCAAUUUAGUCAAUACAAUCACAACAAACAUGUUUUCAGGCCAAAUGGCCCGAGUUACAAAUACAAUAAUAAAUUAUUUCCUUCCCAGAUGCUGUCCUAAUAUUGAUGAAUAUAAGUUCCCUUAAUUUAAUCCCUGAAAUGUCAUUUUAAGCAUUCUUUGUAAAAACAACACCAUGUUGGAUUUUCCUUCGUUGUAAGUACUAUUGUCAUAAAUUAUAAUGUAUUUUUAUUUGUUUGUACAUUGACCAAAUUGGAGAUACAUCCUUAAGGUUCAGUACGAUCUACUCUGAACCGGCGUGCGUGUAUGAAGCAAUUGACGAAUGUGGAGGAAGCAAGAGAAGUGUGUUAGGAUCGAAGCAAAUGGAAUUCCAUAUUCUUUGCUUACUCCGGUGGGAAAUAGGCGUAAGUUUAUAUAUGUACUUAUGUGUAUUAUUCUUUGUAUAAUAUUUGUUUUGAUAUCAAUUUUGUAAAUUCAUAUCACAUUUAUUUGCCUAAUUAAAACAUAUAGAAUUAUACUGUAGUUGAAUAACCAAGUAUUUCUUAGAACGGUUAAUGUUAUCUAGAUACUGAUUUCUAAAAUGUGAACAUCGUUCGCUGUCCAUUAGAAAAAUAUCAUCCUUGGGCAUAAUUGUGUAAGUAAAAUCAAAACGUAUGAACUUUACAAGGUGUGACAUCGUGACAUCGUAACGAAUACUAAAGGGCAUGGUUCAGACCAUGACGUCAACACAGAAUCAUGAUCUGAAUCAUCCUUCAAAGCUUUCGUUACGAUAUUACUAACAGCCUGUAUUUAUGUUAAAUUACUUCGGAAGGAACUGUUUUUGGAUUUUAAAGGUCAUUUGGAGAUAAUACUGAACUAAAACCGAUGAUGAAAAAUACAUCUAUACACCUUCCACUACCACAGACCGCCUCAUCAUUCGGGGAGCGUUCGAAUCAUGCCCACCUAUAUGACUUCACUGAAUUUGUGAACCACCCACAAUUCAACAAGUUUGUUUUUCAAAUCGAUCUGACUGGGAAUCGUAUCUAGGAACUCACAGUGUGCUUUUUUUAAAGUUCAUCUUUUUUAUUUUGCUUAUACAAUAACGUCAUCCAGUAGUUUGAACCGUUAAAACCCAUUAUAUCAUGUUAGAUAAAUAUAAGUAACCAACAUAGAUUUAAACGAUUGUGAACCAUCUCGACAUAGAUUUUGUUUGUCAAAUAUCUAAAAAUACGUGAACGUGACUCGUUUGGGUUACAUUGAAUAAAAAAAUAAAAACGUUGAUUACUAAAUGUAACUUAACGAGAACAUUGUACUGUUGCAGUAGAAUUCGAGAAAGUUUGAUAUGCGAAAUAAUUAUUAUAACAUAGUCAUGAAUUACCAGAUUCUAGCCGACAAGCGCGAGAGGCGACACAGAAGUGAGAGGGCCGAUUUACCACCUAUACCAUCUAAUAACCGUCAACUACAAUGCCAGUCGUGCGGCCGCUACUGUCACUCUCGCAUUGGACUUUACAGCCAUUUUAAAAGCUGCUACAGAAACGCUGUUUGAAUCAUCUGAUAAAGAUGUAAAGGCCUGAUGAUGAUGAUGAUGAUGAAUUACCAAAAUGAUUUUCGAACAACAGGACAACUAUCUAACUUCAAAGUUACUCUUAGUUUAUCAUAAACUUCAUCCAAUGCACUAAUUGCCACAAUACUUAUUUGUAAGUACUAUACAGAAAGAAAAAACGAAUAAUGAUUUAUGUCUAUUAAGGACGCUCAAUACAAACUUAAGUAAUGCUCAAUACACAGCAAAAAUAUACAAAACCAUUAAGGUACGAGUUGGCAGUGGACGACAUGAGGCAGCAGCAGACAACGUGUCGCAGCGACACAACUGGUUUCUAUGUAUUUCUAUAGCGGCGACAUGUCGUCGGCAAUGAAAGA